GAAAAUGAGCCCAACGAAGCGAUAUUCGAAUGACGUCGACUGUGAGCUGGCAAAACGGAGCAUUUGGCUUGUAAAAGUGCCCAGAUAUUUGUCAGAGCUCUGGGAUGCCAACGAGGGAAAUGUUGUUGGAAAAUUGCAGAUUGGAGCGCAGGUCGAGCUUCACACCGCCAAAGGUCUCAUUCAUCCCAAACCAAAAGAGCCCACAGAGGGCUCAUCAUCUACAGUAACCCAACCAGAAGCCUCGGAAAUUCCAACAGAAUACUCAUUUAUUCUUCAUGACGUCAAAUCUCAAACAAUGAGCGUUUUAUCCGAAGAUAAGCAGGGACUCGGUGCAGAUGCUCCAAUCAAAACUGGAAAACUGGCAAUUGAGGGACGAAUUAUCAAAAAAGCGGAAUGUCGGCCACCGGCCACGUCGAAAUAUAUGAAAAUGAAGUUGGCACAUAUUGUGAAAAAUACUCAACCAAAGAAAACGGUUAAAAUGAUUGAAAAAGCGGCUGUGAAGUUUAAGCCCGUGUCUGUACAUGCUGAAGAUAUGAUUAAGAGCAAACAGAAGAAGGAUGGAGCUAAAACUUAUCGAGCUGAUAGAGAUGUGCUCCGUGGAGCUCUUUUCAAAGCUUUUGAGAAGCAUAGUUUUUAUAGACUUCAAGAUCUUCAGCAACUCCUUCAACAACCGGUCAGCUACGUCAAAGAAGUGCUCCAAGAGAUUGCCGUCUACAAUACUGCUCCACCGCACAAGUCUCUGUGGUGCCUGAAACCGGAAUACUGUAACUACAAAGUCAACGCACAAUCGGAAUAAUUCCAACUUUUUUUUGGACAUUAUUAUUAUUAUUUAUUUACUAUACAUCUCUUCUUUUUUAAAAACAUGAUGAACACUUGUGAAUAUUGGG